ACGACGACUUCGCUCAUUCUUAUGACCGCAGUACCGGUGAACGACAUCACGAAGAAAGAAUACGAGAAAAAAAGAGAGAAGGAAGCAAAAAAGACAAUCAUGCUUUGGCUAAAGAAGUUAUUGCCGGUCUCGUUGCUGCUGAAGCAGAAAAACUAAAGGAUUAG